UUGCAGUGAAUAGGUGAGAACAACAUUGCAAGCUGCGAAGAAAAUUUGGAGAAAGCUGGUAAGUUUCAAAGAUGCAUUGUGUCACUAGUUUUGUAACUGUUAAAUACUAUCAAAAACACAAUUUUAUUGUAAAAUAAUGAUGGCUUCAUUAUUAUUGCUGGAAAAUGACAUGCCAAAGCUCACUGUGUAAACCACUUUUUCAAUUUGGUGAACUUAUCUGAAGGCUAAGAAUCUUAAACAUUCAAAUAAACAUGAUUUGAUCAUUUUUUUUUUAAAUUUCAGUGCAGUCAAGAAUAGACAAACUACUUUUCAGGAUGUUGUUCAAAAAUCUAUUUAUGCUGCUCACUCUGGUUUACAGUUGUUCUGCAACAGGUACAUGUUGUAGCGUAUUUUUCUUUAGCUACUCUGAAUAUAAGAAUUGUUACAAACUAUAAUAUCGAUGCAAUAGGACCCAACUAUAUCCAGAACAGCCAAGGGAAAAAUUUCGGAAUUGUCAUCAGGCCGAGGUUCGACGAUUGUUUGUUUUUUAUGACACAUGAUAAAUUUCGGAAAUUGUUUUUAGUACAUCUACUGUACAAUACGUAUUUAUACGUUGCUAUUUGCUCAGUUCUGCAACUUCUGGCCAAAGCGGUCAUAUCUUCAUAUUUGUGAUAUGUGCUUUAUUGAUGCACAUUACCAUUUAUGUAACAUAUAAACAUUAUGCAGUGUCCUCAGGUAUAUUUUUGCGAAAAUACGAUUUCAUUGAAGUAGUUACAUUCAUUCUUUAAGAUUUCAGUUACGAGCUUAUUUUAUACUAGCUUCCUGCGCAGACGUCGUUAUAAAUUUAAUUUUCACGAUGGAAACGAUGGACAAUAAUUUGAAUAGUUCAGGUAAGGAUAGCUUUAUUUCUUUCUGGUGAUAUACAUGAAGCCAUUUAUAUUCAGAUCUGCUGUUUAGUGUUGGAUAUAGAGGUAUUAAUUGAAACAAUAUGAUUCAUGAAUUUAUCAGUAGUUUUAAUAGCCCACUGAUUAUAGUAUAUAUAUACAAGCAGUCAAAAUGUACUUUUAGUUUAUUUGUUUGUGUGCCGAUGUCCCAAGGCGACGAGUUUAUAUAUAGUGUUCAUUCUAGAUGUCAAUGUGCUUUCAGCAUGUUUUAAAAGCAAAUGCAGAAUGUUGUGUAUGCACUUCUUAAUAAGACAGGUUUAAUGUAAAGAUGUUCUUAUAAAAAACCCAUGGGGUAUGGAUUGUUGUCUGCACAUAUUAGCUUAUCAGCGGUUACAUGAAAUGACAUGUUUUUUAGAAGGUAUGACGGUCUAUAGAAAUAUAUCUUUGAGAUAUCAGAUAUGUCUAUUGUUAGCAUAAUAUAAAAUAAUACUAUACUAUCCUACAUUCCUAUAUAUUCACCUUGCCGUGUCACUACAUUUUAGGGUACAUGCUACUAUACUUUUCGAUAAUGCUCACAAUUUCUUUUUUAUUAUAGAGUUUUGCGGUGCUGCCCGAGUACAAUCUUGUAAACAUAACAAAUAAUGGUUUCGUCUGAAGCUGACUUACGAAACAAAAAUGUCCCCAAAUGGAUUUUGUCUCCCCAUCGGCAGAUUGUUUAGUUGUUCUGCGAUAGGGGUAGCCUUGACGGCGCCAUUAAAACGAUAAUUGCAUGGGACAAAAUUGACUUAGUCAAUUUCUAAAUUAUAAAAUUGUUAUUAAAUUCUACAUUUCCAAUGAUUCAUUCAAGUAUUGUUACUGUUUAUUUAUAUGUAGGAUGUCCAAAAAACCCAUUGAAAAAGCUGAACGCAAAUGUGAUUUAAAUAGUUUAGAAAUCACAUAUCGGACCCAUUUCUUAGAGACAUGGUGAAUAUCUCCUUACGAGAACAAUUUAUUUACAAAUAGAUGCAAUAUUCAACUACUAAACUCGAAACUUGACAUGUGCUGCCAUUAUGCUUUGCACGCUUAAAGAUUAAGGUUUAAGGUUUAGAGUUUAAGAUUUGCAAAGGAAAACCUUUUUUGAAUUAGCUAUAUAUAUAUAUAUAUAUAUAUAUAUAUAUAUAUAUAUAUAUAUAUAUAUAUAUAUAUAUAUAUAUAUAUAUAUAUAUAUUAAGAUGAAAAUGUUCUGGAGUGUGUAUUAUACAUGCAACUUCUACAUACCCAGCACAAGCAGAAAGAUGUUGUCUGUCGCGGCUGGGUCUUGAACCCGCAACCUUCGAAUUACUAGAUCGACGCUCUACCAACUGAGCUACACGGUCAGACGGAUUUAAGACUGGAAAUUAUGAAAUAUAUACUGAAUGUCAUAAACAUAUUACUCGUUUAUAUUAAUUCAGCAUCGAACAAUACUAGUUCUGCAAGUGUUAUGUUGUACAAUAACACAACUAACACACACAUAUAUAUAUAUAUAUAUAUAUAUAUAUAUAUAUAUAUAUAUAUAUAUAUAUAUAUAUAUAUGUGUGUUUUUCGAAGUUGUAUCUGGUCUAGCUAAAAUAUUUAAAAAAGUUCUAAGUUAAAAAUAUGUACUGAAUUUUCGGCUGCAUGCUAACUGCAACCUUCUUCAGAAUAUUUUAACUAGACCAGAUACAACUUCGAAAAACAUGUCUCUUACUGGUCGCCUCAUCAACAGCAUAUAUAUAUAUAUAUAUAUAUAUAUAUAUAUAUAUAUAUAUAUAUAUAUAUAUAUAUAUAUAUAUAUAUAUAUAUAUAUAUAUAUAUAUACAAUAUCACAAUAUAUAUACAUAUCACAAUAUAUAUACAAUAUCACAAUAUCACAUGAAAUUUGGUAGCCAUGAAAACUGGUCAUGCUAUGCUGAUAAACCUGUAUCUAUUUGAAUAAUGCAAAUCAUUAACAACUUGCAUAGCGUGACCUGUUACUAUGGCUAACUUCACAAAUGACAACAUUAUAAUUGUACAUACAAAAGCAAGAAGUUAUAAGCAUUGAAGUUAUUCAUAUAAAACUGCUAAUGCCAUGAAAGUAGAAGUGGAAUAAAUAUUCUUUAUAAUAUAGCUAUACCUUCGACUUUGUGUAAGGUGUUUGAAAUUUAAAUUGCACUUUUCCUGCCUCCUGAACAGGGGGAUGAUUUUGAUGUAUUGAAAUAAGCAUAAGUCACUAAAGGCUAAAGGCACGUUCAAAUGCUGGUUAACAAGUAACAAGACUCAAAUGUUGUGGAGAAGAUCUGGUAGUUCAAGAAGAUUAUUAUUUCUGCUUGAACAACCUUUCGUUUACAGUUAACUAUAAUCCAUCUCUAGAAAGUAAUGAAGUGUUUUGGUGAAUCAUGCAUCCUGACCUAUUUCAAUCCAUCGAAGUCAUGCGGCCUCAUAACUCGUCCUCGUGGUAAAGUGGGAUCAUAUAAAUAGCCCUUUAUUCAGCAAAUUGCGCAUGCUGCCUUUCACCUCUUGGGUGUGAAGCAGCAUUUUUCUUGCGAUAGUGACUUCUAGUUAUACUGUAGGAAAUGUGAUAAGUAUAUUUAAUUAGUAGAAUACAUGCUUGUCAACUCUAUUUUGCUCAAACACUCUGCGGUUUCUGCCUUGUUGUUCUGAAGGCAAGCUUGUUGAGGCUAACAGAUACAUGUACGUGCUUCCUACCUAUUUUUUGUGAUAUUUGACUUUUUUAGCACUUACUAACAUUUUAACUAGGGGUCAGUUUAUUAUAGGUGUUUAUUUCCCUCUCAAACUUUACAGAUUAUCGUUACAAUCUUGGACAUUUCUGGUUGAACCUGUUUUUUCCCCGUAUACAAAAUUCGUAUAUUUUAUGAUAAACUCCAUGUUGAAUCAUGUUGCCCUUCUUAAGACCCCGCUUCCACAACACAAUGUUGAGCUUGACUCAUCGGGGGGGGGGGGGGAAGAAAAAUUUGUUUUGUCAAUGUUCAACAACUUUGUAAUAUUGCCUGGAAUGAUCUCAAGGGUUUUGCCCCAUGGAUUGUAGUUUACAAAUAAUUGGGGGAGGGGGCUCAAGACACCCUAGCUAGCCCCAUCCCUCGGUGUCUAAGGUUUUGGAAUACAAAAGCCUUUUAGUUUUCUAAUAGACCUCUACACUGAAAAGAGAUAUUCAAGAAUAAUAAAGGAGAAUAAACGUACCUUAUUUAAUCUGUUGUAUCCCAAAGAAUUUUGAAAAAAUGGAAUAAACGAUUUUGUUAAUAUUCUAUGUGGUUUUAUGCCACGCGAAUAUUAAUUACCAUUAUUAUAUAAAGUAUAGUGCUUUAUGUACUAUUUAAAAAACGAGCAGGUGUGUUUUAUUAGGUUUAAAGCCACGAGCGCGCAGCGCGAGUGGCUUUAGACCUAAUAAAACACGACCCGCGAGUUUUUUAAAUGACUUCAAAAACGUAUGCAUAAUAAGUCAAAUCUUUAUAUAAAAAUCUUUAUAUAAAAAUCUUUAUAUAAAAAUCUUUAUAUAAAACCUUUAUAUAGUUUGCAUAACAAUGGUCUUUUGUUAAAGUGUUCUUUAGCUGGUAUAAAGACGUAUGCACGUGACUAAUUUCUUACUCAAGAUUGGAUAAUUGCUUCAUGAAUUAUUAAUGAGUUUUUGAAAGAGAUUUCGAGCACUGAUAAAAGUUUUUCAAUUAAAAUCGCUUUAUAACGCUUUUCAAUUAAAAUCGCUUUUCUGUAAAAAUUAUCGUUUUUCAAAGACUGUCCUUUAUAUAAUAGACAGAAAAAUACAUGGGUGCUUGGAAAUACCAGAUUUAUUUCUCGUGUUGAACAUGAUAUCUCACUCGUUCGGUGCGUACCCAUGUAUGAUUCUCUAUUUAAUUCAGCUUUUUCUAGUUACCACCACUACAUAUCUGUUAUUUUAUUCUAUGCAAAUUUCAGAAAAUAUAAUACCAAGUUUGGAAGUCAAUUUAGUGAUAUGAAAUGAUAUUUUCUUUUUUAGCCUACGUAUGUCCAUGCGAUUCGAAGUAUUUCGAUGGUCAUUGUUACUAUAUCAGUCCGAGAACUGCCAAAAAUUGGCCUGCUGCACGAGCUACUUGUCGCGCACGUGGUGGAGACUUGGCGGUGCCAACAAGCAAGAUAAAUAAUCUGCACAUUUUUCAGGCUAUGAAAGCGAGCAACGUCCACAAAGCAUUUAUUGGUCUCUAUAAGGUGGCCGACGGUCUUGGAACUAACACGUUUUAUACCGUGCGUGGCGUCGAGCCAACCUACACAAAUUGGUAUCCAGGGCAGCCAAGUGAUUCUGGAGGAAACGAAGAUUGCGGCGAGAUGCUGCCAGCUCAUUCGACAUCUGGCGGUGAUGUUGGUGGACAAUGGAAUGAUCUGCCAUGCAAUGACCGCUUCCCUCGGCAUUACGUCUGUCAAACGAGCUUUCAAUUUAACGAGAACUAGUUAUAUACGCCAUUUCAAACUUUUUCAUGGAACUAGAUUAAAACCAUUCUGACGGUACUAUGUAUGCACUGACCUUUAAUUAUGUUAACCUAUAUCUGACUUAUUAUAUACUUGCAUUGUAGCAGCAAAUCAACCUGUAUGCAAGAGUACGAAGUAACCCAUCACAUGUAAUGCUUAUAUACAGCACAAUUAUAUAGCCUUAGUAAAGGCUUAUAUAGGCCUAAUUAAAGUUUAAAUAUAAAAAUAAAUGUCAGUUCCUUUCAAC